AUGUCUAGUCCAGAACAAUUGAUUGCAGAGGCCGAAAAGAAGUGCAAGAAGGUUGGAGGGCUUGCUUCUUUCUUUGGAUCAUCCCAGCAAUCCAGAUAUGAAGAGGCUGGCGACCUGUAUGUCCAAGCUGCAAACCUUUAUAAGUUACAAAAAAGAAAUACCCAAGCAGGACAGACCUUUGAGAAGGCUGCUGAGAGCCAGAAGCUGGCGGAGUCGCCAGAUGAGGCGGCCAACACGCUGGUCGAAGCCUUCAAAUGUUACAAGACCGAAGUUCCUAUUGAAGCGGCUAGAUGCCUUGAGCAGGCGAUCGAAAUGUUUGUGCGCAAGGGGCAAUUUAGACGUAGUGCCAAUUUCAAAGCUGACCUGGGCGAACUCUAUGAGAACGAACUGAACGAUAUUCCAAAGGCAAUCCAGAGCUAUGAGGACGCCAGCGAAUGGUAUAAAGGAGACUCGGCCUCGGCAUUGGGCAACAAGUUUGCUCUGAAGGCUGCUGAUCUUUAUUGCGACAGCACUGUUCAGGAAUAUGCGAAAGCAGCAGUUGUUUAUGAGAGAGUGGCUAAAGAGUCUCUGAACAACAAUUUGGCCAAAUGGUCUUUGAAAGAGUACUUCCUGAAAGCCAUUUUGUGCAGACUUGCAGACAACAACGACUACGCGAGCGGGAAUGCUCUUCUUCAAAGAUUCACACAAUGGGACCCUACGUUUGAGACCACGAGAGAAUAUGAGUUUGCUUCCAAGUUGGUGGAGGCAGUGCGUAACGGAAGUCCUGACGAUAUUGCGAAUAGUGCCAAAGAGUUUGACAAGUUCUCCAGACUGGAUGCCUUCAAAAUUAGAAUACUCAAUAAGAUAAAGACCAGCGUUGUGGAGGCGCCUGAACAACUGGAGGAAGACUUCACCUAAUACCAAUUUUUACCCUUCAAUCAAAUAACGUACAAUGCUUCAGAUUACGUAGUUUCGCUCAAAAUCCUCUUCCCCUGCCUCUGAACGAUCCCCUUCCUCCACGACUUCCGCCUCUAGAGAAGCCACCUCUGGAGGAGCCCCUUGCGCCGCCUCGGCCUCCUCUGAAAGAACCUCCGCGAGCGCCCCCGCGGCCUGCGAAAGCACCUCCACGGGAACUCUUCUUCUUUGGUGGUUUUGGACCAACAGCCUUAGGUUUCGGCAGGAAUCUCUCUAGCGGUAGCAGUUUAUCACCAGCAAUGUAAAAUUUGUCUCCUUCUUUAAAAGAGGUGGCCUGAACACCCUCGCUCGGUUUCACGGUGAAAAACACCUCGUUGAGAGGUCCCAGAAUCUCGUCCACCUUGCCGACCUGAGUUUUAUUCUCAAGGAAUAUUGGAGCGUUGAAAUAUGGGAUUUUCUCGUUGAUACUCUUGCAAACUAUAUCGCCCUCGCACGCAUGAACGAAUUCGCCCAUCUCGAAAACCUUAUCUGGUGGGCCCUGAGGCACUGGCGGCCCGGAUCUGCCGCCACGACCACCUCUGAAUCCU